AGACCCCCGGGGGGUGUUGUAGAUUCCUGGGUGAUAUCUCAGACCCUGGGUGAUAUCCCAGUGCCCAGGGGGUGUUGUCACCCCCUCCCAUCGCUGUCCCCCCUCCCCCAGGCCGUGGCCGUGCACUGUGCCCUGGGUUUGGGCCGCACUGGGACCCUCCUGGGCUGUUACCUGGGGAAGCUUCGGGGGCUCAGCGGGGUCGAGGCCGUGCGGGAAAUUCGGCGCCUCCGGCCCGGCUCCAUCGAGACCCCCGAGCAGGAAGAGGCCGUGAUUCGCUUCUGUGACAACCUCAGGGCUGGGAAGGACCCCGAGGACCCCUGAGCUGCUCCCCCCUCCCCCACCCCGGACAAGACCCCCGGAUUUGGGGGGGAAGUUCAGCCCCUCCCCCAAUAAAGG